AUGUGGGGCGGCGACUCCAACGCCAAGCAGAUGCUCAAGUCCCGGGGCGGCACGGGCGUCGGCGUCGGGGGGUUACCCACAGCCGGGGACGAGGAAUCCGACUACUUCCCGCCCACCCCGCGCAAGGACUACUGGUGGUCGACGGGGCUGCUCAAGCUGGUCACCGCCACCGUCAUCUUCAUGGGCGGCGUCGUGCUGGGCCUCUCCGUCAGCGGCAGCGUGGCGCGCUACUACUACAACGCGUCCCACGCGGAGCUCUUCUUCCCGGCCACCACCUACGGCUGCGACCCGCGGGACCGGGACUGCGGGAUGGGACUCGCCUUCAGGGCCUUCGUCCACCCGCCACGCCUCGCGCACUCCAUGACCGACGACGAGCUCUUCUGGCGGGCCUCGCUCGUGCCCAAGGCCGAGGAGUUUCCCUUCCAGCGGGUGCCCAAGGUCGCCUUCCUCUUCAUGGCGCGCGGGCCCAUCCCCUUCGCGCCGCUCUGGGACAAGUUCUUCCGCGAUCACCAGGGGCUCUACUCCGUCUACGUCCACACCGUGCCGGACUAUAAGCUCAAUGUUUCCAAGAGCUCCGCCUUCUACGGCAGACAGAUCCCAAGCGAGGAGGUGUCUUGGGGAUCAAUAACCCUGGUGGAUGCUGAGAAGCGCCUGCUGGCCAAUGCCUUGCUGGAUUUCUCAAAUGAGCGCUUUGUGCUGCUUUCAGAGAGCUGCAUUCCUGUGUUCAACUUCCCGACUGUCUACGAGUACCUCAUCAACUCGGCACACAGUUUCGUUGAGUCCUACAACAUCGACACCCCUCAGUCUGCUGGCAGGUACAACCGUCGCAUGGCUCCUCACAUCAUGGCAGACCAAUGGAGGAAAGGGUCAGAGUGGUUUGAGCUUAACCGUGAGUUGGCUGUCCAGAUAGUAGCAGACUACAAGUACUACUCGAUCUUCAGAAAGCACUGCAGGCCAUCCUGUUAUCCAGAUGAGCAUUACAUACCGACUUAUCUUCAUUUGUUCCAUGGGCCCCUCAACGCCAACAGGACCAUCACAUGGGUUGAUUGGUCAAGAGGAGGCCCGCAUCCAGCAAGUUAUGGUGCUGCAGACAUCACAGAAGAGUUCAUCCAGGCCAUCAGGAAUAAUGGAACACAAUGCUUUUACAACUCAAAGCCCACCUCUGUCUGCUACCUCUUCGCGAGGAAGUUUGCUCCUAAUGCUUUGGGACGGCUGAUGAACAUGACCUCGACCGUGUUGGACUUUUGA